CUGAAGUUAGUGGAAAAAAAUCUUCAAAAUCUCGUGACAACAGCAGACAUAUAAUACAAAUUCCUGGAAUUACAACAUACACAUACGCAUUUGAUGAACAUUCCCAAUAAAACAAAUUGAAAACUCUCACAAAAAAGUAGUUAAAUAAACAUAAUAGUGACCAAUUUAAUGUAAAACAAGUGCUCUGCGUGAAGUAUAUACGUAUGUAUGUCCAUAUGAAAAUUCAAAAGUAGAUUCGUAAUUAAAAAGAAUUUAACAUGAAUUUAAUUUGAAAAACUACAAUGAAAAUAACUACAACUACAGCAUUAUCUAUAGCAACCGUUUGAAAUACAAGAGCAACGCAACUAAGUGCUCUUGAGUUAAUUAUUAACGGUCUCGAACACGACCAGAGCGAAAAGGAAACACGCCAAUACAAUUGUACAACAUUGCAAGAGGUCCAACAGAAGGUGUAAUUGUGGGUGUUUUAAAGUACAGCUGUGUGCUGCCGUACGAAUAUUAAUAUGGAGUAUUUCUUGCGUGAAUAUGCGGCACGCAGCAUAUUGCCUCAUUUGAAUACGGUGGCCAAGAGUACAAACAAAAUGCAUGGCAACUCCAACAACAAUAUCUACUACAAUGAAGAAGCCAUAAACACUACUGCAGCAACAUUAAUUGAGAGUCUUAGCAACAAAUAUAAUAACAGUUUCAUCAUAAACCCCGGAGAUACUGGCGAGGGUGGGGGUGGAGUUGUGGCUGUGGGUAGCAGUAGUUCUGGUGGCAGCAUUAGUGAUAAUUUAUAUUUUAUACAACCUCAACAGCAAUUGCUCGUGGAUGUUUUUAGCAGCGGCAGCGGCAGCAGCAGCGACAACAGCAUCAUCGAUAGCCAACACAGUGUGGGUGUUGCCAAUCAAUAUGAGGAUUAUAGCGAAUAUUUGAACAACGAUACUUCCUCGCCAGCUUCACAACUAAUAUCGAGCACCUCACCUUCAUCAUCAUCGCCUGCCCUACAUUUGUUGGCCUCUCUGGCCAGUGUUACCACCACCACAAUAUCAUCAGUAACCCACCAAAUACAACAGCAGACGGAAGAAACGUUUCACGACUACAUCAAGAAAUCCUUGAUGAACAAUGAAACGAUAUAUUCGGCAUUUUCCUGCGAUGGUGAAUCACAAACAUUAAGUGCUUUAAAUUCCUCCCUAGCGAAUGGUGAUGAUGGCAGUGGUGGUGGUGGUGGUGUUGGAGAUGAAGAUGAGGCUUUAUCAAGUGUUUACUUUAAGACCGCCGUCUACUUGUUGUACAUUCCAAUUUUUGUGUUUGCUCUUUUGGGCAACGGCACUGUCUGCUACAUCGUCCAGUCAACGCCACGCAUGCGCACAGUUACAAAUUAUUUUAUUGCCAAUUUAGCUGUGGGUGAUAUAUUGAUGUCUUUAUUUUGUGUUCCCUCAUCGUUUAUAUCCAUAUUCAUUUUGGGCUAUUGGCCAUUUGGCAUUGCGCUGUGUCAUCUAGUCAACUAUUCACAAGCUGUGUCGGUACUGGUGAGCGCCUAUACGUUGGUGGCCAUAUCAAUAGAUCGUUACAUUGCGAUAAUGUGGCCACUGCGACCGCGCAUAACAAAAAGGUAUGCAAAAUUCAUUAUAGCAGGCAUUUGGAUUAUAGCCUUGGCGACGGCAUUUCCCAUACCCAUAGUUUCCAAGCUGGUGCAACCUGGUGACUGGCAUAUAUACUGCGAAAGAUACGUUUGUCAAGAGGAGUGGGCUUCAAAGGAACAAAACUACUACUAUACUUGGGCCUUACUAACUCUGCAGUUUUUGGUGCCCUUGUCGGUGUUAAUUUUUACCUAUACACGCAUAGCGCUGGCCGUAUGGGGCAAAAGGCCCCCCGGAGAGGCUGAAAACUCAAGAGAUCAACGCAUGGCUAGAUCAAAGCGUAAGAUGAUUAAAAUGAUGGUGACGGUAGUGAUUGUAUUUACCAUGUGUUGGCUUCCUUUUAACAUACUGAUUUUGCUACUGAAUGAUGAUGUUUUGCUGUCAUGGGGACCAUUGCCAUACUUCUGGUUUGCAUUCCAUUGGUUGGCGAUGUCGCACAGCUGCUAUAAUCCCAUUAUUUACUGUUACAUGAAUGCGCGCUUCCGAGGUGGUUUCCUGCAGAUUAUUUAUCGUGUACCAGGUUUGCGUCGCUGUUGCUGCUUGCGUCGUUAUUUACGCACACGUGGCGAUCGUAGUUAUGAAGCUACUGGAACGGACGAUGCAUUCCACCUGCAACGUGUGAACACAUGCACCACAUACAUCAGCACAAGACGAAAGAUACGAACGAAUUCUAUGCACGCGAGUCAAUCUUCAUGUGCGGAAACAACGGUGUUGCGGUAGUGCCAGGUUCAUAAACAUCAUAAAUUCAAUGAUAAUUUGGAAAAAUUUAUGUAAACAGCUAAACCAACCAACCAACUUUACCAACAGCAGAUUCAGAUGCACUUGCAUGAAUAUGUGACAUAAAUAUAAAUACACAUCUAUCUGCAUCCGCUUAUAACAAAGGAAAAUCCCUCUUUUAGAAACAAAAACCAAAACCAAAUAGCAAAUAGCAAAAAAUUAUAAAUUCAUAAUUAUUUAUGGUGUAAAUUGAAUCAAUAUGUAUGUAUGUAUCUAUCUAUUUACGUGGAACUGUUUAUUUGAAAUAAACUUAUAAUUAUUUUGUACUACCACAGACACAAAUAAAUACAUAUUCAUACACAUAUAUGUAUGUAUGUUUUUGUAUUGAGUAUUAAGUGUACAUAUUUUUUUUACCAAAUAGAUAGCAUUUACAUUUUUCUAUCGUAUAAGUAUCUAUUUUUAAACAUAAAUAGUUUGAAAUUAGUGUGUGUGGGUGUUUGAAAUUCACUGGUAUGAUUAAAAGUUUACU